AUGAAGCUUACAGCUCUCUUCUGCACUCUCAUGGCUGCCGCUGCCGUAAGUGCUUCAACGGUCCCUCGAGAGGAGUUCCAGAUCCUGGACACCUGCGGUUCUGGCUAUGGCGGUGACCAAAGGCCUUUGCUCAUUGUUAUUCGUGUGAAAAGGUCGAGUGCCGAGGUGGUAGGUGGACAGAGAUCCGAGACUGUCGUAGGGCCACAUGCCACGGUGGCAAUGACGGCGGAGCCGUUUGCUAGAAUGAUUAUAAUCGGGUUGGAAUGGUAUAUGGCCAAUCUACCGCCGAAUUAUUGA